CUGCUUCUGUUGCAUCAGAUGAACACGAGCGCUCUCUGAUGUUCCGUCGGAAGGCCACCGGUGUUUUACCGUCGAAGCUCUUGUCUUGACAAUCUUGUCAGUCUUGACAGCCUCCACAACGUCAGCCCAGACGUUGCGCUGCACCCGCCCGGAUUUCAGAACCUGGAGCUACCAGCAUGCACAAGGGUCACGAGUGGCCGACUCGCCGCCCCAUGGCAUGAUCGUCCCCACGAUUUCUCCAUCUCUGCGUGGCAACACGACGGGACUUCGCUUCCACGAGCCUGGGGGAGGAUGGCCGCGUGCAAGUGAUGAAGUCAGUUCCGCUCCCUUAAAAGGCAUGACGAUCCUGCAUCCUCGCAGCUCGGUUCUCCUCCUCCUUCUCCCAGCACCCUGUGUAUCCUAAGCCGUGGCAUUGAUACCGUCGUACAAAAUGGGUGAUAUCAAAUCAGGAGGUGCCGGUGUGGUCCUCGACCACGACGUCCUCGGGGAGAAGGCUGGCCUCUCUCACGAUGAGGCCAUGCACUUUGGCGCCCUUACCGAAGAGGAGCUUGCUAUUGAGAAGAAACUCGUCCGCAAGAUCGAUCUCCGGAUCAUGCCCUUGAUCGUGCUGGUCUACUUGAUGAACUACAUUGAUCGGAACAACUACGCUGCCGCUCGGUUGCAGGGUCUCGAGGAUGAUUUGGGCUUGCAUGGUGAUCAGUAUCAGACUGGUCUUUCCAUUCUCUUCGUCAGCUACAUCCUGGCUCAAGUGCCGUCUAACCUCUUGCUCAACCACCUCGGUCGCCCUUCUCUAUACCUGGGCUUCUUCGUAUGCGCCUGGGGUCUCGUGUCGGCGUUGACUUCUCAGGUCAAGAGCUAUGGAGGAAUUGUCGCCUGCCGUUUUAUGCUUGGUAUGGUCGAGGCACCUUUCUUCCCAGGCGUCCUCUUCUACCUUUCUAAGUGGUAUACCAAGAAGGAAUUGAACCUGCGAAUGUCCAUUUUCUACUCUGGUUCCCUCAUCAGCGGUGCAUUCGGAAACCUUAUCGCGGCUGGUAUUCUCAGUGGGUUGGCUGGUGAAAUGGGCUUGUCAGCAUGGCAAUGGCUUUACAUUAUCGAAGGCUCCAUCACAUGUUUCAUCGGCUUGGUCAUCAUCUUUGUCCUCCCCGACUUCCCCAGCACCUGGAAGCGUCUCGCCCCGGAGAUGAUGCACGUGGCCAACCGCCGGCUUGCGAUUGAAGCCGCCGAAGCCGACGUUGACGAAGCCGGCGGAAUGUCGCAGUGGAAGGGCUUCAAACUCGCCAUGACGGACUCCAAGACCUACAUGCUUGCCAUUGCCUACAUGAGCAUUACCGGAGCCGCUGGAUUCCAGAACUUCUUCCCUACGCUCACCUCCACUCUCGGCUACAACCACAUCAUCUCGCUUCUCCUCUGCGCGCCUCCGUACAUUUUCAUGGUCUUCUACUCGUUCGCGCACUCGGUGGUGUCGGAUCGGGUCGGAAACCGCUUCUGGUUCUUCAUGUACCCGAUCCCGAUCACCAUUGUCGGCUGGAUCAUCUUCAUGACCACCGACUCGUUUGGACCGCGCUACUUCAGCCUGUUCCUCAUGAUCUUCAUCUUUGCCAUGAACGGCACCUGUUACGCGUGGAUCGCCUCGGCCAUCCCCCGCCCGCCGGCCAAGCGCGCCGCCGCAUUCGCCUUCAUCAACUCGAUCGGCAACUCGGCGUCGAUCUGGACCCCGUACACGUACCGCGACCAGGACGUGCCGUACUACCGCCUCGCCCUCGGCAUCAACAUCGGCCUGCAAGUCCUGGCGGCGAUUAUGGGCAUCAGCAUGCGCAUCAAGCUGACUCGCCAGAACAAGCGGUUGGAGAGGAUGGAGGACGAGGACACGCCGCUGACGGAGCGCGACCUGCAGAAGUUGAGACGGACCGCGGAGAUCGAGGGCAUCGAUCUUGCGGCCGCGAGACGGUUGCAGAAGGGGUACCGCUACAUGAUCUGAGAGAUUCGAAGGCCUUUUUUCUUUUUCUCUUUCGCUCUGCUCUUUUACUCCCUCUCUACUCCCGUCGCUAUACUGGAUUGCGUUUGCCGUUGGUUGAUUGAUCGACACAGAAAACAGAACCAGUGGAAUGACCGUGCAUGGAUGCCGAGGCGGGAUGAGGAUGAGCAAAGGGGAGAAAAAAGAGAAAGCAUCGCGCAUGGCAUGGCGUGGUCUUGCAUGGCAGAUUGAUUGUCCGAGAACAUUUCAGAACAAAGUUUGUGAUCCGGCCCCCGCCAUUGUCACACAAAAAUCCUGUAAGAACUGCCGGUGUUGAUGAAUUGGAAUGGUUCAUUCAAAUCGAAUCGAAUCGAAUCGAAUCGAAUCAAUAUCACUAUCACUCUCAAUAUCAGAUCGAUCAAUAAUGUGUCUGUUCUCAUAUCAUACCUGGUCAAUGGUCAUGGUCAUACUAGUAUAUGCACGGCUGACACCAUCAGGACGAGGACGAGGACGAGGACUCAAAAU